GUCAAAUCAUUUUUGACAGCACUCCGUUUAAUAACUUUGUACGAGAACGUAAAAUUGUCGAAUUUUUAGAAACUUGCAUUUCUUGUUUUAUUUUUCUACCAACAAAAUGAGUCAAUUGAUUGCCAAGGCAAAGACCCUAGUAAACAAAAUGAUUGUGGCAGCACGUCCGCAGCUCGAUGAAUUCUGGAAGUAUGCCAAGGUGGAGCUAUCACCGCCGCUGCCCGCUGAUUUCCAAAAGCUGAAGCAGACCGCUGAGUCCGCCAAGUUGGCCUCCAAAAAGGAUAUGAAGGGGCAGCUAAAGAAGUCCGGACUUUCCCAAGUGACAGUCGCUGAGGCCUGGCUAAAUGUUCUGGUCACCGUGGAGGUGAUUACCUGGUUCUACAUGGGCGAGGUUAUCGGUCGUCGUCACCUGGUCGGCUACAAGGUUUAGACAUAGCAGAUUUAAUAUUCUCCUUAUGUUUUUGUGUUGUAUGCAAAUGGCCCAGUGCAUUUAAGCCCUUUUUCUGUGGCCAGGUGCACUGAAUAAAGGUGCAUUAUCAAGCAUUAC